AUGACGUUAGACGCCAUUAGAGCUCGCCAGACGUCCGACACGUCUGAAGACAACGUCAACACAGACGUCAACUGGCAUAUCGACGAAAACGACAGCGGGAAAUGCAUCGACGAGGAGACAAUCUUGCUGAACGUAGGCGGGCAGAUUUUUGAGACGUUUGCAUCCACGCUGAAACGUUCGGCCAAAAUGUGCAAGCUUUCUAACGAAGCCUUUCUGCGUUCCCACUACCGCGUCUCCCACGGGGAUUAUUUCUUUGACAGAGAUCCAGAUUCUUUCCGGAGUGUCCUGGAGUUUCUCCGAACGGGUCAGCUUCACGUCCCCACUCACAUCUGUGGUCCGGCGAUGAAACGGGAGCUUCUGUACUGGGGGAUGGACGACGAUAGGAUCGAACGCUGUUGCUGGGGGUAUUACAAUACAUGGAACAGCCAAAACCAUUCUCUGGACGAAAUGGAAAAGGACAUCAACUCGUCGGGAUUAGCGUACAACAUCAACGAAGCCACUGCCACCCGAUGGCAGAUGAUAAAAGCACGAGUGUGGAGCUUUUUGGAAGACCCCUCUUCCUCAAAGCCAGCAAAGGUCUACACGUGGAUUUCCAUAGUGGUUGUUCUCAUUUCCAUUUUCACCUUCUGCGCAGAAACUCACCCUGCCUUCCAAGUGAGUCCAGAGGACGACAUCCUGGCGGAUUAUUUCAUCACGGAUAAUGUAGUUAGGAAGGAUAACGUGGUUCUUAGUAGCGCUCAAAAGAGUCAUCCGACCAACAAGUCAAACCCAGCGAAACAUGGAACUAUGAUCAACUCCACAGAGGGUGAGACGCCCGAGCAUUUGGUGCCACACGCGGCGCUCAUUAUUGUCGACUUCCUCUGCUUGAUCUUUUUCACCUUAGAGUUUUUCGUUCGACUGUUUUUCUCUCCACUGAAGAAAAAAUUUCUCUCAUCUCCGCUCAAUAUCAUCGACAUAGUCGCUGUUUUGCCAGACUACGUGGAACUGGUUGUGAUCAGCAUGGAUCCGGACGAACGGAAAGUCUCGUCGUUUGUGGAUUUUAUUUUCAUUCUGCGAAUCAUUCGCAUCCUGAGGGUGUUCCGAUUGAUCCGCCAUGUUCCUGGCUUGUGGAUUUUACUAUUUACGCUGCGCGCCAGCGUGAACGAGCUGAUCCUCAUGAUGGUGUUUCUCAUGAUCGGCAUGUUGGUGUUCGCCGCGCUCAUGUACUUUGCCGAAAGUCAUGUCAAGACUGAUUUUACUAAUAUCCCCGUGGGCUUUUGGUGGAGCCUGGUUACCAUGACGACGGUUGGCUAUGGUGACGUGUAUCCGAAAACUGGUGUAGGAUAUGUCGUUGGUUCCUUGUGUGCCUUGGUUGGGCUCCUCAUGCUCGCAUUAACUGUUCCAAUCAUUGUUGGAAACUUUGUUCUGUAUUACACACACAUUCAGUAUAUUCUUAAUAGGAAAAGUAAAAAUGAUCUUAACAACACCGAGGAAAAUCUUCUUCUUGAGGAAGAAAUCUCCUCGGAUUUGGAAUCAAAAAGCAACAAUUGUUGCCCUUGCGCUUGAAAUAAAAGACCACAUUUGGUAAAACUGUAUAUAAAAAGUGACUAAAAACGACAUUUUUAUAUAGAUUUUUUGAAACCUCAUAAAUUUCCACUUUUCUUUAAUGAGAAUCCACCGAUCUUCCAUGAUGAAUAUUUGCCGCGACGUCAUUGUGUUGUGGUUUACGAGUCGUACUUUCGGUAUAUACAAAAUUAUCAUCACAAUUGUGAAUUUUAUGGUUUGCAAAAGGCAGCCAAUGAGAAGCUAAAGCUUGGUCAUAAAAAUUCGACAGAACAGAACACUAUAUGCUUCAUUCUGUGUGAGUUCCAUUAUAUGACACUCAAAUCUACGUCGUUAAUUUUUCAUCCGUCAGCAUAUAAGAACUGGGUCCUUCUUCCGAGAUAUAUUUCUUCAGACUGAACAAAAUCAGCAGACUGCAAUUGGGCUUCGUGACACCCGGUACACUUAUCGUCGUCAGCUUCAGAUUGUUGGAUAGAGCUGAAGACUUUUUGCCCCGGGUAACUACGCAACCCAUGGAGAUUAUCAAGGCGACAAAAUACUAUGGCCUCAUUUCCAACAGCAACAGCUCCAAAAAAUGGUGGUCAUUCUAAGUUGACUUUAUGAGAUGUUGUAGAGAAUAGUGUAAGCUGUGUGUGGUGAUAUAUAGCAUGGUCAUACGCGAAGGCUUGGGGAUAUAUAUUUAUGAAGCUGAAGAUGACAAUUUUAUUACAUAUCAAUGCGCCUAUGUAACUUUGACUCUCCCUUUUACUAUGGCUACAGUCUCUCCCUCACAACAUGGGGAAAUUUCUUAUUAAAGCAGGACCAUAAAGACAUAGUGAUGUGGCGCCCUUAAGCUCAGAGCACAAAAACUUUUAAUUGGAAAACACAAUUCUUUUCAAAGUUGAUAACUAUGUUAUUCAACAUCAACUAUAGCUGUGCCAUUUAAAAGAUAGUUUUAGCAAGAG